UUUGCCACUCUGCUACGGUCAACUCUUCUAGAAUGUCAAUUUGGAUGUUCCAUGCAGAGCAAAACCUUCCAACUGAGCCAGUCAUUGGAAGACUUUAUCAAUAUGGUUAGACAGGCACCAACAGUGGACCAUGGUUGUCAAUGCGGUGAACCGAUUUGAGUUGAACUUUGCUUCAGUGCCCGGCGCUCUUUCACGGCAGGGUUGCCCAGUAUCACCAUGGCACGAAUGGGCAAAGAUAAAGAUUGAUUGGCAUGAACGCCAUCGUUCUCCGUCUGCCAGCCGUGUCAAUGACUAAUUUUCUAUUUGAUAAAUGUUGGGACCCAGGGAAGUGAAGUCAGAUCUUCUGCGCCCACAGUUACGAACUGUAUUGUAUUGUAUUGUAUUGUCGUGUAUCCAGUCAAGCGUUCCAAGGCUCAAUCAUUAAACGAGUCAGCGUCGCCAUCCCAGCACUUCGAAGUACGUCAAGCCCAAAGCAAAGAUAAC